UCCUUUUCCGCUGUAAACAAAAUGGCAGCUACCACGCGAAAACAGAGGGCUAAGAAAACAGUAGACAAAAGCUUACUGGGCCCAGUCACUGAAGAAGACAGGCUGCCUGGGGUUGUGUAUAUCGGUCACGUGCCCCAUGGUUUCUAUGAAAGACAGCUCUCUAGCUACUUCUCCCAGUUCGGCAAGGUGCUCAACGUCAAACUUUCUCGCUCCAAGAAGAACGGUAAAUCAAAAGGAUAUGCCUUCGUCAAAUUUAAAUAUGCAGCUGUCGCCAAGACUGUAGCAGAGACCUGCCAUAACUACUUGUUUUUUAACAAACUUUUGAAAUGUGAAUACAAGCCCAUGUCUGAAGUCCAUGAAAACACAUUUUUCAAGUUCAAAUGGAGGCCAACAACCAAACCCAAACGUCAACAUAACAGCGCCAAGACAACAGAAAAGUUAGACGAGUCACUCAGGAGGUCAGCGAGGAAUCAGUCAAAAAAGUUGGAGAAAUUAAAAGAGUUCGGGAUAGACUUAAAGCUGGAGGACAUCAUGGAUGUCCCGAAAAUUCCGAAAAAACAACCAAAGAAAAAGUCAAAGGAAACACCCACACCAAAAGAGUAAUUUGUUUUUUUGUUUCAAUUUUUUUUAAUGUAUCAUGGAAUAAAUUAUUGAAAGAUG